ACACAAACGAGUGCACAGGAAACCCAUGCGGGGAUCUGGGGGCGUGCACCAACACACCAGGAUCCUACACAUGUGUCUGUAAUGCAGGAUAAAAACGAGUGCACAGGAAACCCAUGCGGGGCACAGGGGGCGUGCACCAACACACCAGGAUCCUUCACAUGUGACUGUAUUCCAGGUUACGAGUUCGACGGAACAACAUGCACUGACAAAGAUGAGUGCACAGGAAAGCCAUGCGGGGCAGGGGGGAAAUGCUCCAACACACCAGGAUCCUACACAUGUGUCUGUAAUGCAGGGUACGUGUACAGCGGAACAACAUGCGUUGACAAAAACGAGUGCACAGGAAACCCAUGCGGGCCACAGGGGGCCUGCACCAACACACCAGGAUCCUACACAUGUGCCUGUAAUGAAGGGUACGAGUUCGACGGAAUAACAUGCGUUGACACAAACGAGUGCAAAGCAAACCCAUGCGGGCCACAGGGGGCCUGCACCAACACACCAGGAUCCUACACAUGUGCCUGUAAUCCAGGGUACGAGUCCAACGGAAAAACAUGCGUUGACAAAGACGAGUGCAAAGCAACCCCAUGCGGGGCACAGGGGACAUGCACCAACAACGAAGGAUCCUACACAUGUGCCUGUAAUGCAGGGUAUGAGUUCGACGGAACAGUUUGCAAAGACAAGAACGAGUGCAAAGCAACCCCAUGCGGGGCACAGGGGACAUGCACCAACAACGAAGGAUCCUACACAUGUGCCUGUAAAGGAGACAAAGACGAGUGCAAAGCAGACCCAUGCGGGGAAAGGGGACAUGCGUCAACAACGAAGGAUCCUACACAUGUGACUGUAAUGCAGGACAUAGACGAGUGCAAAGCAACCCCAUGCGGGGCACAGGGAACAUGCACCAACAACGAAGGAUCCUACACAUGUGCCUGUAAUGAAGGGUCGAGUUCGACGGAACAGUUUGCAAGACAAAGACGAGUGCAAAGCAACCCCAUGCGGGGCACAGGGGACAUGCACCAACACGAAGGAUCCUACACAUGUGCCUGUAUGCAGGGUAUGAGUUCGACGGAACAGUUUGCAAAGACAAGACGAGUGCAAAGCAAACCCAUGCGGGGCACACGGGACGUGCACGAACAACGAAGGAUCCUACACAUGUGCCUACAAAGACGAGUGCAAAGCAAACCCAUGCGGGGCACAGGGGACGUGCACGAACAACGAAGGAUCUUACACAUGUGCCUGUAUGAAGGGUACGAGUUCGACGGAACAGUUUGCAAAGACAAAGACGAGUGCAAAGCAGACCCAUGCGGGGGAAAGGGGACAUGCGUCAACAACGAAGGAUCCUACACAUGUGACUGUAAUGCAGGGUACGAGUCCAACGGAAAAACAUGCGUUGACAUAGACGAGUGCAAAGCAACCCCAUGCGGGGCACAGGGACAUGCACCAACAACGAAGGAUCCUACACAUGUGCCUGUAAUGAAGGGUACGAGUUCGACGGAACAGUUGCAAAGUUCAGAGCUAAUUCUAACGAAUUUAAAAAUAUUCACAGCAGAACAUCUCUGUCGAUCAUAUCCUGGCAUGACAUCGUCCCUCUGA